UCGAACCAGUGCUUUCUCCUCAAAGACAACAAAUGAAUGGAUGAUACUGUUUAUAUCAUGAGUAUGACACGGAGCAAUGGCUAGCAACGGACCAAGGCGGCAUGGACAAUCUACAAUGAAAAUUCGUUUAACAGUUCUAUGUGCCAAAAACUUAGCCAAGAAGGAUUUCUUUCGACUUCCGGAUCCGUUUGCUAAGAUCAGUGUAGAUGGUUCAGGGCAGUGUCAUUCUACAGACACCAGUAAAAACACUCUCGACCCCAAGUGGAACCAGCAUUAUGACCUGUAUAUUGGAAGUAAAGAUUCAGUGACUAUCAGUAUUUGGAACCACAAGAAGAUCCACAAAAAGCAAGGAGCAGGAUUCCUUGGUUGUGUGAGGAUCAAGUCUAAUGCUAUUCAACAACUCAAAGAUACAGGAUUCCAACGACUCGACUUACAGAGGAAUAACAGCGAUGAUAAUGACAAUGUUAGAGGACAGAUCGUUAUCAGUCUCAUCUCCCGGGACAGGGGCAGCUCACUCACAGGGACAGGCCCCAAUGUAACCGAUGCCUCUGUCAUUCCGUCCUCUAUCCCCAGUGAUCCUAACGAGCUUCCCGAGGGAUGGGAGGAGAGACGUACAGCAAGUGGACGUGUACAUUAUGUCAAUCACCUGACGCGUAGCACCCAAUGGCAGCGUCCUACUAGGCCAGCAUCAGAGUUUGUAAGAAAUAAUGCAGUCUCCAGUGCACACAGUCGACAGCAGUCAACCAAUAGUACACAGGAAAAUAAUACCAGUAGCCAAUCUAAUAACAACAACGAGGAGAGUGACACAUCCAACCCUCCUUUACCACGCCGAAGAUCUACGCGUCACCGUAAUUACCUCAAUCGGUCUCACCUCCACAAUGCAGUUGAUCUGCCCAGUGGCUAUGAACAACGAACAACUCAGCAAGGUCAGGUUUACUUUUUACACACACGGACGGGAGUUAGCACAUGGCACGACCCACGAGUUCCCAGGGACCUGUCAAGUUCAGAGAUCCGAGAGGAAGACCUCGGUCAGCUGCCAGCAGGAUGGGAGACCAGACACACAGGCAAUGGUCGUGUGUACUUUGUAGACCACAAUAACAGAACAACACAGUUCACAGAUCCCCGACUUUCUGCUAACAUCCAUCUAUUGCAGACGACUGCUCGAUCCACGAGUACGAACAACAGAUGCAAUGAUAAAGAGAAUGAGUCACCUGUGCCUAAAUACAAACGAGAUCUCGUCCAAAAAAUGAAAAUAGUACGACAGGAGUUUGCUGCAUUACAGCCUCCAGGCGGCCACUGUCGAAUGGAGGUUUCACGAGAAGAAAUAUUUGAGGACUCCUAUCGACAAGUGAUGAAGCUCCGAGCCAAAGAUCUAAGGAAGCGGUUGAUGGUGAAGUUUCGAGGGGAGGAGGGUCUAGAUUAUGGAGGUGUAGCCAGGGAAUGGUUGUACUUACUGUCCCAUGAGAUGCUGAAUCCUUAUUAUGGCCUGUUCCAGUACGCAAGAGAUGAUGUCUAUACCCUCCAAAUUAAUGCUGACUCUGGUGUGAAUCCUGAGCAUUUGUCUUACUUCCACUUUGUGGGCCGGAUUAUUGGCAUGGCGAUAUUUCACGGUCAUUACCUCGAUGGAGGUUUCACCCUGCCUUUCUACAAACAACUUCUUCAGAAGGCUGUCACUCUUGACGACCUGGAGAAUGUCGACCCAGAGCUGCACCGGAGUCUUGUGUGGUUACUAGAAAACAACAUAGAAUCAGUGCUGGAUCACAACUUCUGUGUGGAACACAACUCCUUUGGGCAGUUCACUGAGUAUGAACUGAAACCUGGUGGUAAUGAAAUCCCAGUAACAGAGGACAACAAAAAGGAAUAUGUUAAAUUGUAUGUACACUGGAGAUUCAUGAGGGGGAUAGAAGCCCAGUUUCUUGCCUUACAGAAAGGGUUCAAUGAAGUUAUUCCACAACACUUACUGCGACCUUUUGAUGAGCGUGAACUAGAGUUAAUGAUCGGAGGCCUUGGAAAGAUCGAUCUCCAGGACUGGAAAAACCACACUCGCCUCAAACACUGUACUCAGGACUCCAAUAUAACUAAAUGGUUUUGGCGUGCUGUUGAAGGUUUUGACGAUGAAAUGAGAGCAAGACUUCUCCAGUUUGUUACAGGCAGCUCACGCGUGCCACUUCAAGGAUUCAAGGCAUUACAAGGAUCCACUGGUGCUGCAGGUCCGCGGUUAUUUACUAUACACUUGGUGGAGACGAACACAGACAACCUACCCAAAGCCCACACAUGUUUUAACAGGAUAGACUUGCCUCCAUAUGAAUCAUAUGAGAAAUUACUAUCCAAAUUGACUUGUGCUGUGGAAGAGACAUGUGGCUUUGCGGUGGAAUAGCAGUGUUGUGAAAUUCCAACAAAAUUAUGUGACAGCAGUUGUGACUUAAUUUACAAAUAUGAGAAUGUUAGAAAAAAUCCAUUGGUGGUUCUUGCAAGAAAUUCUUUGUUGCAAUAGAAUUACCGCUGUGCAAAAGAGAUGCUUGAAUAUUUUUUAAGUAGGACAGUGUCGUCAAAAAGAGUUGUAUGAGAACAUUAUCUUGAAUAUCUUGGGAAGUAUGUAAGUAUUGAGGAGAGAAUCCGAACAUUACUAUCAGAAGAGAAUUAAUGUGUGGAGCCCUUAACAGCACUCUGGUGUCAAUGUCUGUGGAGCACUCGGUGUCAAGGUCAGGAGAUCACUCAGGCGUAGAGUCCUGGACAGCACUGAGUGUCAAGGUCUGGAGAUCACUCAGGCGUAGAGUCCUGGACAGCACUGAGUGUCAAGGUCUGGACAGCACUCAGGCGUGGAGUCCUGGACAGCACUGAGUGUCAAGGUCUGGACAGCACUGAGUGUCAAGGUCUGGACAGCACUCAGGCGUGGAGUCCUGGAUAGCACUCGGUGUCAAGGUCUGGAGAGCACUCAGGCGUGGAGUCCUGGACAGCACUGAGUGUCAAGGUCUGGACAGCACUGAGUGUCAAGGUCUGGACAGCACUGAGUGUCAAGGUCUGGACAGCACUGAGUGUCAAGGUCUGGACAGCACUCAGGCGUAGAGUCCUGGACAGCACUGAGUGUCAAGGUCUGGACAGCACUGAGUGUCAAGGUCUGGACAGCACUCAAGUGUGGAGUCCUGGAUAGCACUCGGUGUCAAGGUUUGGAGAUCACUCAGGCGUAGAGUCUUGGACAGCACUCUGCGUCAAGGUCUGGAGAUCACUCAGGCUUAGAGUCUUGGACAUCACUUGGGUGUUGAGGUCUGUCUGCACAGACCUCAAGUGUCCAGUUUGGCCAAGAAAUGUUUUAAGACAGAGAAUUCAGAAAACAACAUUUAGGUGUUGUAUAUUUCAGAAAAAAUUUCACUAUGUGUUGUAUGGUUCAGACGAAAGUUUACUGUGUGUUGUAUGGUUCAGACGAAAGUUCACUGCGUGUUGUAUGGUUCAGACGAAAGUUCACUGCGUGUUGUAUGGUUCAGACGAAAGUUCACUGUGUGUUGUAUGGUUCAGACGAAAGUUCACUGCGUGUUGUAUGGUUCAGGGGAGAUGGUUUUUUCACUUGAUCAUCCAAUUCCUAACAUCAUGACAAGAUUACUUAAUUACCUUUAAUGCUAUUCAUCCUGAAUUGCAUAUUGUGUAAAAUAUUUUUGUAAGGUGCUAUUUGAGUCCCUUUAUAUUUUGAUCGGGGUAUUAAAACAAGGCAAGCAGAAUAAGAUUUUUCUUUAAAAAGGCCUUUUUAUUUAAUUUAUCAUGCCAGGUAAAAAAAAUUAAACAUUUAUCUUAUUUGGAAAUCAAAUAAAAAAGAAAGUAAAUUUGAAAUAUCCAAAAAGGUGAAUGUUUUCGGUUGUUAAAGGCAUGUAACAGAUUAAUAUCUUUGUUGCUGAAAGAUAGAAGUGUUGGCUACAUUUUACAAUAGAUUAAUUUUCACACUUUUUCAGAAGCUUCAUAUGCUCAUGAAUUCAAUAUCAAGGCAAUGUUCGAUUGACAAGCAUAUAUUGACUUCUGUACCAUUUAAAUCAGUGUCAAAAAAAAGGACUUAGAAAAUUCAUUUUUGAAAAAAGAAAUCAAGAAUUUUUCAUGACAUCAUAUUUUAGAUUUUUAAUGAAAAGUGAUUAAGCCUGAUUCUCUAAAUUGUGCAGUAAACUUACAUAAUCUGCCAGCCCUGGUGAUGAGCAAGGUGUAACAACAUUUUUUUUUUUUUUUUUUCUUCUAAAGAACUAAUAAUCUACAAGGUUAAAUUAAGGAGAGGCAUUGAACUUUUUAAACAUAGUAUAAUUUUGUUAUCUUGGAUUGUUUCAGUAUUGUUUACAGUAACUUAUAACGCAAUCUUCAGGCAAACCCUUUUCUAUUUCUGUCACUCACUGUGACAUAUCUCACCUGUUGAUACGAUAAAACAUGGCUGAUCAUUGUGUGUACUCCCAUACCCAGGAACUACCUGUACACUCUCAGUAGUGUUCAUCGGUCAAGUACAUGUAGUUUUCUCAUGAUAGACCAAAAACAUUUCAUUUUAAUGAUUAUGUACUACAUCAGUGCUGGAUUCAUAUUUUUCUUAAGAUGGACACACGUGUUCAUAAAAAUGUGUAUGUUUAAUUGAUUUAUAUAUCUCGUUAAGAGCAGGUUAUUCUCUUGUGUACGUUCUCAUUUAGAGCAUGUGGUUCUCUUGUGUAUGUUCUCGUUAAGAGCAGGUUAUUCUCUUGUGUACGUUCUUGUUAAGAGCAUGUGGUUCUCUUGUGUAUGUUCUCGUUAAGAGCAGGUUAUUCUCUUGUGUACGUUUUCGUUAGGAGCAGGUGGUUCUCUUGUGUACGUUCUCGUUAAGAGCAGGUGGUUCUCUUGUGUACGUUCUCGUUAAGAGCAGGUGGUUCUCUUGUGUACGUUCUUGUUAAGAGCAUGUGGUUCUCUUGUGUAUGUUCUCGUUAAGAGCAGGUUAUUCUCUUGUGUACGUAUGUAUUGUGUGUUUUUUACUUUUAAGAAUGAAUUGCAUCCAUUUUAAGCGAAAUUUUACAUGUUUAAAAAUUUACCUAAAUAUUAUGAGAGAGGUAUUGAUUUAUAUGGAAAUGUAAACUCAGUAUUGUAUGAAAAGCCAACAGGCGUGUAUGUGUGACGUUUUGCAUGGAGUGAAAUUUGGAAUGUGUGUGAGAUAUGGACAGAAUAAGAGAAGAGAGCACUUGGCCAAACAUUUGGGAAGGUUUCAAGCUCAAUAAAUUGGUAAGUUUGCCAAGUUUACUGGGUUAAUAGGCUUUGUCAAGCCUACUAUAUAAAUUAGCAUGUGGAGCUCUCUUGGUUUGUAGGCUUAUCAAAGUCACUGAUCAUAGGUUUGUAAGCUUGCAAAGUCCACUAAUGUAGUAAACUUGUCCUGCUUGGGUAUGUAAGCUAUCUAGGUUUGUGGGUAGCAAGUUCACUGAAUUUGCAAACUUUUAAAAUUUGUUUAAGUUUGUAAGGUUGUGCGUUGUUUCCUUGGCCAGUUCAUACAAACAUGGGUGAUAUGGUAUAUUUAAAUUGUGAAAAUAUUCACAGUAAACUGUUCGUGUUGUGAGAGGCGAUCAUUUUCCUUUCUUUAAGGAUUAAUAUGACAACACCAUCGUUUGUUUAUAAAUACAAAUCACUGUUGUUGAUCACCUCAUCUUGAAUCAUAUGUAUAUAACAUCCCAAGUGUAUCACCUAACAGACUGAUCAUUGUGAGAUUUGUAUUCGGGACGUGCGUGUGUAUAUAAAGAUAUAUAUAUUAUAUAUAUAAUUGUAGGUAUAAAUUGUAUGUAGAGAUAUCAUGACGUGUCAGAUUCUAUAUAUAGACAGGCUGUCAGUGUUUGGUGCAUGCCAUCAUACACAGGUCUGGGUUUGCUUUGUACAGGUACGUGCUGCUGGACAAGCCGAAAUACUUGUCACCAUUUAUCACUAUAAAGUUCAUUGUAUUUGUCAGACUAGAAUUUUCAAGAUUUCGAAUUCAAUACGAAUACAAAUUUAAGGAGAAAUAAUCUAUUUCCAUUUUACUUUGAUGAAAAGAAAUUCUGAUUGCUUACAUCUUUUAAUAUCAUAAAAUUUUCAAAGAAAUUGUAUUUUAGUGAAGGAUUCACCUGAUAUUGUAUGUUUGAGAAAAGAAGCUGCAGUACGUUGAAUAUCCAAAGAAUGGUACAUUAAUUUGUUAAUAUGAAAAUAGGAACUGACAAAAAUGAUGAUCUUUAUGGUUGCAAACUGCAAUGGUAACAGGCUUUUAUUUAUUAUUUCUUUGUAUAGUAAAAACUUGUUUGUUGUAACUUUUUCCAUUUGAUUGUAAGUGAUUGAUACUAUCAGCUAGUUAUUAAUCAUAUUUAAUAUUCACAGUCUGUUCAAUAUUGAUAGUCUGCUUUUUAUCUGAAACAAGAAUCUUGUAAAUACCAAAAUCUGCCAGGCUUACUGCCAUAACAACAUUUUAGUAAUCGUGAUAUGUCAUCAGGAUGUUUAAAAUCUUUAUAACUAUGAACACUUUUUUGUCCUGUAAGUUAAUUUUAUUUGCAAUGUCUGGCUUACUGACUUCACAGGGGACUUUUAUUAAGUUUUAUAUUGAUUCUCUGUAAAGUGGACUUGGUUGUACUUUGUAGAAGUUGUACAUCUUUUGUAUGUCAUUACUCAGUGCUGGAACCUUGUAUUUUUAUAUACCUACAAUAUUUGCAUGAUUGCAUUAAUAAGAAAAAUAGGAAAAUUUGAAGAGGAUGAUGUAUGUGUAGAUUCCAAUACAGUAUUAUAUAGGAUGAAUGAUCAAAAUGUAACUACAUGUACUACCAAAAAUAUCCAAAUCAUGUUGCAUUCAGCAUAAAAGAAAGGCAAACAAAACAUAGCAUUGUAGUUUUAAUCAGAUAUACCCUGUAAUAUUUGUAAAAAAAAAAAAAAUAUAAA